AUGGAGUCGAAACGAGUUUCGUCGUGGCAGGUCCGCGCCGAGGCCGGCGAGCCUUUUGCGGUGGUCCGGGUCCGCGACCUUCAUAGCACGAUCAAAGCCGGCACCGACGCCUGGGGCCGCGGGGGCAAGACGCAGCCCGUAGUUGUUUCCGCCGAGCUGUCAAUGUCAGAGCCCUUUGAGGCCGCUUCACUCGCGGACAAGGUCAGCGAUGACACGGUGCACUAUGGCCUCUUGGCCAAGGCGCUCCUCCGCAUACUGGACAACGUGAACCGCUACGAGGUCGAUUUAAGCCUGGAAAACGCCAUGCAGAUGAUCUGGAACGCGUUGACUGGGUACCACGUCUCCGGGUCUGGGGCUGAUGGUCUCACGGAGCCGGCAUUCCUGAAGGACAAGCUGCCCAGAAUUCGCUACCUGGAUAUCUCCCUCGCCCUACCAAAGGCAUCGCUGCUCGGUAGUAGCGUGAGCCGGUCUUACUCUUUAGCCCAUGGCUUCCGUAAUGGUACCCAGGCAGGGGCGGUCUACAGCUCAAGUCUACGCAUCAACGAGCUGCGCGUGCCUACGCUCAUCGGAGUCAAUGACAACGAGAGACUAGCGAGGCAGGUUGUCGUGGUCAGUAUCGAGAUCGAGGGCUACAUUGGAAGGUCGGAUAAUUACGUCGAGAUCGAGUCUUUCGUUGUAAAGUCGUGGUACCAAAAGAUUCUGGGCGACUCUUCCUUUGAGACGCUUGAAGCCCUCGGUCCCGCUAUCACUACGGGGAUCAGGCGGUGCUACCAAGAACGAUCAGAUAUUCAUGAGCCUCUCAACAAUCCCGCAGACUGGACUAUCAAGGUCGUCAUGGAGAAGCCGACUGCCAUCACCAUGGCCGCGGCCUCGUGUGUGGAGUAUAGAGAACCGCCUCAGGCAAAGCCAUAG